GUGUUGUUGUUGUUGUGGUGGAUGCAACUGUAAUGACAACAACAGACAAGGAGACGUCGCAUUGAUAUUCGCAACAACGCGUAUUGGUGUCGAUCAUGAAUGGGCAGAGAGAUAGGAGAUGUCUAUAUCGCCGUGGAAUAUUGACCACGACGACGAUAUAUUGGAUGAGGAGAGACAGCGACCAUGUGAGCAAAUUGCAGACCCGAGAUGCGGUGCUAAAAAAAUGCGCCAGCGCCGCGGCAGUACGAGGCGACAUCCGCAGCAGCCCGUCUGGCGGCAAGAUGCUGCUGCCGUGUUCGCGACGGUCUACAUGAUGGCUCUUGGAGGCUCUUGUUGGUGUGGCCGAGGGGCCAUCCAUGCUCCGCAAUGGGCAUGCAUGCGAUCCUCUAUCGAUUAGAUGAUUGUCACCCACCCACCCAUACAAUCGAUAGGAGAAGCGUGGGCGAUGCUGCAGCGGCAAUCAUAGUGUGGAGACGUAAAGAGAGGGUUGGUUGUUUUGUCGGGCGGGAACGAACGGCCCGCGAGGCAGCGAACAGGCUGAGGGACCGAGCAGCCCCUUUUUUCGCAUGAAGGCAGCGAAAUUACUUCAUUUGGGAUUAGGUUGGGCAGAGGAAUGGAUAGGGG